AGAAAACUGUACUUGAAAAAUAACUAAAUAAAAAAUAAAAAUAAAAAUAAAAAGUACCCUGCCUAUCAACCUGCUGAAUUGUUGGGAGCAAAACAGUAUCUAAACAGGGAAAUAGCUAAAUAGCUCAAAUGUGUGUCAGAGAAACAAUUCAUCAAAUACCAUGACCAACCAACAUAACAUAGGAGCACUGAGAGAAAAUGAAAAGUUUCUAGAAACCAAACUUAGAGUCAUGGAAGAUUGUCACUUAUAUGGUAUAGAAUUUAAGAUUGCAGUUGUGAAGAAACUCAGUUAAAUACAAGAGAACUCAGAAAGGCAGUUCAGUGAACUCACGAAUAAAAUUAAUGAACAUAAGGAUAGCUUUAUCAAAGAGAUUGAAACUAUCAAAAAAAUCUGGAGCCAAAGAACUUAAUAAAUGAGAUGAGGAAUGCAUUACAAAGCACUGGAAAUAAAGCCAACCAGAUAGAAGAGAGAAUUAGCAAGCUCAAAGACAGAAACCUAGAAAAGACCUUGGAGGAAGAAGAGUUUUUUUAAAUGAGAGAUCUGACUUCAUUAGAAAGAGGAACAGGGAUAAUGGCUAUACCAGUAGAAGAGGGAGAAGAGAACAAAGAACCUACUCAAAUAAUUGAGAAUUUCCCAAGUCUAUGGAAAGAACUGGGCUUUAGAAUAAAGGGAGCUAACAAAACAACUAAUUAUUUCAACACAGAAAAAUCUUCUUCAAGACACAUUUUAUUAAAAUUGUCAAAAAUUAAUGACAAAAAAUUCUCAAGGCAACCAAAGGAAACCCCAUUAGAGUAUCAUGAGAUAUUUCAAUGGAAACAUUACAAAUCAGGAGAGAGUGGAAGGAAAUUUGAAUGGAACUAUCAGCCAAGGAUAAUGUAGCCAGCAAAGUUCUCCUUUAGCUAUGAAAAAAAUAAAAAUAAAUAAAGACUAUCUAAGAGAAACAAAAGCUGAGAGACACUACUGCAAGACCUACUUUACAAAAAAUGUUGUAAGGAGAUCUACUUUUUUGGCUUUCAGCUCAGAAGAAGAGUAAGUGCAGCUUUCUUCAGUUGUCCCCAAUCCAGGUUCAUCAAACACUAGCAGCCUCCACCAUGCUAGUGAAAUUCGACCCCAACAAGAUCAAAGUUGCAUACCUGAGGUGUGCUAUGUCUGCCCUGGCCCCCAAAAUUGGCUCCCUGGGAUUGUCUCCAAAAAAGAUUGGUGACAACAUUGCCAAAGCAACAGGUAAUUGGAAGGGUCUGAGGAUUACAGUGAAAUUGACCAUUGAAAACAGACAGGCCCAGAUUGAGCUAGUGCCUUCUGCCUCUGCCCUCAUCAUCAAAGCCCUCAAAGAAAGAAGAAGAAAAAACAUUAAGCACAGUAGAAAUAUCACUUUUGAUAAGAAUGUCGACAUUGCCCGACGGAUGCAGCACCAAGCUUUAGCUAGAGAACUCUCUGGAACUAUUAAAGAGAUCCUGGGGACUUCCCAGUCUGUGGGCCGCAACAUUGAUGGCUGCCAAACUCAUGACACCAUAGAUAACAUCAACAGUGAUGCAGUGGAAUCUCUGGCUAGUUAAGAACUACAAAGGAGAAGGACUUCCGCCAAGAUGGAGGUUUAAGGUGGAUAUGCCGUGCCUCCUCACACAACCAAGUUUAGGGACAACUAAAUAUUAGCAUCAGAAAACACAACCAGAACACGGAAAACUGAACUUUUCAGAAGUCCGCUAACAACAAAUUCUUCGGCCGGAACGGUAAGGGGCGAAACCGGCCUCGGGUGAGGAGUUACAAAGGAGGGCUCGAUCGACCCCGGCGCGGAAUCCAGACGCGCGAAUCCAGUCGCACGGGUUCCAAACCCAGGAUUGGACCUAGUGAGCAACCGAGCGGCCCACCAGGUGAGCGACUACGGAGGAGUCAGUGGGGAGGAGGUGGCAGCGAGUUGACUGUGGUUGCCUGGUUGCACGCGGGUGAGGGAGCGAGCGCUUGGACCGGGGGCAGCGGCGGCGGCAUUUCCCGCUCUGACCACGCCCCCACAUACAGCGUCACAACCCAGCGACCUGGGAAUCCAAGGUGCCACUCCUCCCACUUAAAGGGCCAGAACAGACCAAAAAUGUCGCAGGGAGACCUCAAAGCCCCAGAGAUAAAUCUAAGUGACGAAGAAAUAGCAAAUCUCUCAGACGCACAGUUUAAAACACUGGUCAUCAGCUUCCUCACAGAUCUGGUGGACUAUAGCCACAAAUUAGAGAAACAUAUGAAGGCUAAAUUAAGGGAAAUGAAUGGAAUUCCACAGGAAAACCAUAGAGAUGAAAAAAAAAACUGGGACUCAAAUCAAUGGAGUGGACCAGAAGGAAGAAGAAAAAAAUCAUCAAACAGAAAGGAAUGAAGAAAUAAGAAUUCAGAAAAAUGAGGAGAAGCUUAGGAACCUCCAGGACAUCUAUAAACGCUCCAAUAUCCGAAUU